AUGUCAAUUGCACAUAAAUUACGCAAAUUUUCCACCUGUGAUAUUUCUGAUGGUUUAUUAAACGUCUAUAAUAUCUCAACAGGUGGCUAUUUCCCUAAUUUAACAGCGAUUUCUCUACCACCAAGUGGCUCCUUAGUAGGUACUGCAUAUACAGUACUAUUUGCACCUAUGAAUGACCCAAGACCUGCCGUGAACUAUAUAGAUUCUGUGCCCCCUAACUCGGUACUUCUUCUCUCGUUGGAACCUCACCUACAAAGUCAAUUUCAUCCAUUUAUUAAGAUUACACAAGCGAUGUAUGGAGGAUUGAUGAGUACGAGAGCACAACUUUUGAAAUCCAAUGGGACAGUAGUUUUUGGACGCAUAAGGGAUGUGGAUGAACACCGGGCUUUAAACCACCCCGUUUUUGCCUACGGUGUGGGAUCUUGCGCUCCAAAAGCUGUGGUCAAAGCCGUGGCAAUCAACGUGCAGUUGAAAAUUUUAACAAGUGAUGGUGUAACUCAAGUAAUAUAUCCAGGUGAUUAUGUCGUCGGAGACAAUAAUGGAAUAGUCAGUAUUCCGGUUUCAGUGAUAGACAUUCAAAAAUUAAUUACCUACAUCGAGAAAUCCAUUGAAGUGGAUUUACUUGUUACUGAAGAUAUCAAGAAUGGCAUCCCAGCCAAACAAGCCCAAAAGAACCGAAGAUCUGUUUUAAAGCAAUACAUUUAA